CCCCAAAGGCCCACAUGGGGUCUGGAGCAUGCUGGGGGUCUCCCUCUGGGACAGACUGGGCAGCUUGUCAUUUCUUGACUCCCUUCCCUGUCUGCGAGAAACAUCCAGGGGAUGUGGACUGGGGCUGAACCUAAGGACUAGCUCUGAGAGCAGAUGGCCCACUCUGCCACCCUGGUGUCCUGGGAGGGUCUCCAGGUGUUGGAGGUUCUUCGAGUCCCAGGGAUCCUGGGGCGUCUCUGAGUGGUCUGGCCCCUCCUCAAAGACAGUGGUGCUUGAGGCUUGGCCCUCACCCAGGUUAAACCAUGAUUCCGGUGACAGAGCUCCGCUACUUUGCGGACACGCAGCCAGCAUACCGGAUCCUGAAGCCGUGGUGGGAUGUGUUCACAGACUACAUCUCUAUCGUCAUGCUGAUGAUCGCCGUCUUCGGGGGGACACUGCAGGUCACCCAAGACAAGAUGAUCUGCCUGCCUUGUAAGUGGGUUACCAAGGACUCCUGCAAUGACUCGUUCCGGGGCUGGGCAGCCCCUGGCCCGGAGCCCACCUACCCUAACUCCACCAUUCUACCAACCCCUGACACUGGCCCCACAGGUAUCAAGUAUGACCUGGACCGGCACCAGUACAACUAUGUGGACGCCGUGUGCUACGAGAACCGGCUGCACUGGUUUGCCAAGUACUUCCCCUACCUGGUGCUCCUGCACACGCUCAUCUUCCUGGCCUGCAGCAACUUCUGGUUCAAAUUCCCACGCACCAGCUCAAAGCUGGAGCACUUUGUCUCCAUCCUGCUGAAGUGCUUUGACUCGCCCUGGACCACGAGGGCCCUGUCGGAGACGGUGGUGGAGGAGAGUGACCCCAAGCCGGCCUUCAGCAAGAUGAAUGGCUCCAUGGACAAGAAGUCCUCGACCGUCAGUGAGGAUGUGGAGGCCACCGUGCCCAUGCUGCAGCGGACCAAGUCACGGAUCGAGCAGGGCAUCGUGGACCGCUCGGAGACGGGCGUGCUGGACAAGAAGGAGGGGGAGCAGGCUAAGGCACUGUUUGAGAAGGUGAAGAAGUUCCGGACCCACGUGGAGGAGGGGGACAUUGUAUACCGCCUCUACAUGCGGCAGACCAUCAUCAAGGUGAUCAAAUUCAUCCUCAUCAUCUGCUACACGGUCUACUACGUGCACAACAUCAAGUUUGACGUGGACUGUACCGUGGACAUUGAGAGCCUGACGGGCUACCGCACCUACCGCUGUGCCCACCCCCUGGCCACGCUCUUCAAGAUCCUGGCAUCCUUCUACAUCAGCCUGGUCAUCUUCUACGGCCUCAUCUGCAUGUACACGCUGUGGUGGAUGCUGCGGCGCUCCCUCAAGAAGUACUCGUUCGAGUCGAUCCGCGAGGAGAGCAGCUACAGCGACAUCCCUGACGUCAAGAACGACUUUGCCUUCAUGCUACACCUCAUCGACCAGUAUGACCCGCUCUACUCCAAGCGCUUCGCCGUCUUCCUGUCGGAGGUGAGUGAGAACAAGCUGCGGCAGCUGAACCUCAACAACGAGUGGACGCUGGACAAGCUCCGGCAGCGGCUCACCAAGAACGCCCAGGACAAGCUGGAGCUGCACCUGUUCAUGCUCAGUGGCAUCCCCGACACCGUGUUUGACCUGGUGGAGCUGGAGGUCCUGAAGCUGGAGCUGAUCCCCGACGUGACCAUCCCGCCCAGCAUCGCCCAGCUCACGGGCCUCAAGGAGCUGUGGCUGUAUCACACAGCGGCCAAGAUUGAGGCACCCGCGCUAGCCUUCCUGCGCGAGAACCUGCGGGCGCUGCACAUCAAGUUCACUGACAUCAAGGAGAUCCCGCUGUGGAUCUACAGCCUGAAGACGCUGGAGGAGCUGCACCUGACGGGCAACCUGAGCGCGGAGAACAACCGCUACAUCGUCAUCGACGGGCUGCGGGAGCUCAAACGCCUCAAGGUCCUGCGGCUCAAGAGUAACCUGAGCAAGCUGCCGCAGGUGGUCACAGAUGUGGGCGUGCACCUGCAGAAGCUGUCCAUCAACAAUGAGGGCACCAAGCUCAUCGUCCUCAAUAGCCUCAAGAAGAUGGCGAACCUGACUGAGCUGGAGCUGAUCCGCUGCGACCUGGAGCGCAUCCCGCACUCCAUCUUCAGCCUUCACAACCUGCAGGAGAUCGACCUCAAGGACAACAACCUCAAGACCAUCGAGGAGAUCAUCAGCUUCCAGCACCUGCACCGCCUCACCUGCCUUAAGCUGUGGUAUAACCACAUUGCCUACAUCCCCAUCCAGAUCGGCAACCUCACCAACCUGGAGCGCCUCUACCUGAACCGCAACAAGAUCGAGAAGAUCCCCACCCAGCUCUUCUACUGCCGCAAGCUGCGCUACCUGGACCUCAGCCACAACAACCUGACCUUCCUCCCCGCCGACAUCGGCCUCCUGCAGAACCUCCAGAACCUGGCCAUCACGGCCAACCGGAUCGAGACGCUCCCUCCGGAGCUCUUCCAGUGCCGGAAGCUGCGGGCCCUGCACUUGGGCAACAACGUGCUGCAGUCACUGCCCUCGAGGGUGGGCGAGCUGACCAACCUGACGCAGAUCGAGCUGCGGGGCAACCGGCUGGAGUGCCUGCCCGUGGAGCUGGGCGAGUGCCCACUGCUCAAGCGCAGCGGCCUGGUGGUGGAGGAGGACCUGUUCAACACGCUGCCGCCGGAGGUGAAAGAGCGGCUCUGGAGGGCGGACAAGGAGCAGGCCUGAGUGCGGCCGGCCCAGCACAGCCAGCAGCGGGACCGCCAGCCAGUCCUCAGGCCCAGAGGGCCAGGCCCAGCUUCUCCCAGAGCUCCCGGACAGCCAGGCCAGCCUUGCAGCCGGGCAGGAGCCUGGGGUCAGCUGUGAGUCAGGCCAGAGGGGACAGUAUCUGCGGGGCUGGCCCUUUUCUCCCUGAGACUCACGCCCCCUGGGGCAAGCGGCUGUGGAGGAGAGCAAGUCUCAGCGCAGUGUUUGGAUAAUCAGGGUCUCCUCCCUGGAGGCCGUUCUCUGCCCCAGGGGCUGAGCUGCCCAGAGGUCCUGGGACUCUCACUUUAGUUCUUGGUAUUUAUUUUUCUCCGCCUCCUGCCUCCUUCAUCCAGAUAACUUAUACAUUCCCAAGAACGUUCAGCCCAGAUAGAAGGUGUUCAAGGAAGGGUGGGCUGCGUUUUCCCUUGUCCUUAUUUAGCGACGCCACCAGGCAUUUAGUGCUCACCCAAACUGAGCAGAGUGGUCCGGGGCAAACCAGCCGUGGGACGGUCACCCAGAGGGGCCGGGCUGGGCUCUGGCAGUGCGGUCCGUGGGAAAGCAGGCCUCCAGCUGGAAAGGCCAGGCCUGGGGCUUGCCUCUUCAGUUUUUGUGGCAGUUUUAGAUUUUUUUUUUUUUUUUUAAUCAAAAAACAAUUUUUUUAAAAAAAAGCUUUGAAAAUGGAUGGUUUGGGUAUUAAAAAGAAAAAAACACUUAAAAAAAAAAAAACAAAAACAAAAAAAACAACACAACACUAAUGGCCAGUGAGUUGGAGUCUCAGGGUGGGGUGGCAGUUUUUCUUGAGCAAAGCAGCCAGACGUUGAAUUGUGUUUCCUUUCCCUGGGGCGCAGGGUGCAGGAUGUCUUCCGAAUCUCAUGUGACCUUGGUCCAGGGGUUCUGUUUGUUCCUGGGGCAGGGAGGGUUUUUUUUGGUUUGUUUUUUGGGUUUUUUUCGUGUCUUGUUUUCUUUCUCCUCCAUGUGUCUUGGCAGGCACUCAUUUCUGUGGCCGUCGGCCAAAGGGAAUGUUCUGGAGCUGCCAAGGAGGGAGGAGACUCGGGUUGGCUAAUCCCCGGAUGAACGGUGCUCCAUUCCCACCUCCCCUCCUCGCGCCUGCCCUGCCUCUCCACGCACAGUGUUAAGGAGCCACUUCACCCAGACUCUGUUUCCCCACCUCCUAUGGCAUGGGUGUGCCCAGUGCCGCUGCUGGCCUCCGCUGCUUCCAUCAGCCCUGUCGCCACCUGGUCCUUCAUGAAGAGCAGACACUUAGAGGCCGGUUGGGCACAGGGAGGUCGCCCCUGGGACCGUAGACUCCCUGACUUUGGUUCCAAGCCAGUUUCCGUCCCUGGCGCCUGGAGUGCACACAGCCCAGUCCGCGCCUGGUGGCGGGAAGCCACCCUGCUUUAGAUCAAUCACUCGGGUCCCCACCUUAGAAGGGUCCCCGCCUUAGAUCAAUCACGUGGACACUAAGGCACGUUUUAGCGUCUCUUGUCUUAAUUAUUAUGUCCGUCCGUCUGUCCAUUGCGUUUUCUGCGUCAUGUCAUUGGGUAUAAUCCUCAGAAAUAAUGCACACUAGCCUCUGACAACCGUGAAGCAAUCCGUUACACGUGGGUCUGAACUUACAGACUCGGUUUCCAGUAUCAAAUAAAUCUAUAACAGAAAGUG